GUUGGUGCAGAUUAUGGAUAUCGGACUAUGGACUGAUAGCUAAACCUUUAUAUGAGGCACAGAAAUCUCAGACCUUCGUUUGGGGAGGGUCCCAAAAGGAAGCUUUUAAAAAAGCUAAAAGAAGCGUUAAUAAAAGCACCCGCCCUGGGAUUACCGGAUUUAACCAAGGACUUCCAGCUGUUUGUGCACGAGAGACAAAGAUUGGCAUUGGGAGUCCUGACGCAGAGACUGGGAAGCUGGAAGCGACCAGUGGGAUACUUCUCCAAACAGCUGGAUCCGGUAAGUGCUGGAUGGCCAUCGUGCCUACGAGCAGUAGCAGCAACAGUGACAUUAAUACAAGAAGCAAGGAAAUUGACCUUAGGAAAACAUAUUGAUGUAUAUGUGCCACACAUGGUAAUGACUGGUUUAGAACAAAAAGGGGGGUACUGGCUAUCCCCAAGUCGGAUGAUGAAAUACCGGGCAGUAUUAACUGAACAAGAUGAUGUGACUCUAAAGACGACUAACUUGUUGAAUCCAGCAGCUUUUCUAGGUACAAACACAGAGGACGGCAUAUUAGAACACGAUUGUGUGGAGAUGAUUGAAUAUACAUAUGCGACGAGGGCCGAUUUGAAGGAUGCCCCACUUGAGCAACCUGAUCAGGAACUUUUUACUGAUGGAAGCAGUUUUAUGGAAGGUGGGGUCCGUUAUGCUGGGUAUGCAGUAACUACACAAAACGCCCUAAUAGAAGCAAAAGCUUUGCCCCCAGGGACUUCAGCACAACGGGCAGAGAUAAUAGCUCUCACCAGAGCUUUAGAACUGAGCAAAGGAAAGCGGGUAAAUAUAUGGACCGAUUCGAAAUAUGCAUUCGGUGUGGUCCAUAUACAUGGAGCUCUAUGGAAGGAACGAGGGCUCCUGUCCUCACAAGGGACAAAUAUAAAAUACCAAAGGGAAGUUCUGAAUUUAAUAACUGCUGUGCAAUUACCAGAACAGGUGGCUAUCAUGCACUGUAAAGCGCAUCAAGGAGGAAAUUCUAAGAUAGCCAAAGGAAAUACAUUUGCGGAUCGGAUGGCUAGACGAGUUGCACGACAGGUACAGACAGUUAUGGCUCUGAUACCAACGAAGGUAAGCCCAUUACAGAAUUAUAUGAACCAAAAACCAAGAUAUUCAGAAGAAGAUGUUAAAUUGGCUGAGUUAGUAAAGGCUCGAUUGAACCCGGAAGGAUGGUACGUAACCGCUACUGGACAAGUGGUGGUACCACCUGCCAUCAUGCGGACAAUUUUACAAACCGAACAUAAAAAAUGUCAUUGGGGGGCAGAGGCAUUGGUAACAUAUUUAAAACGAGGAAUAAUCUCUACACAGAUGUUAACAAUGGCAAAAUCCAUAGGAUCUAAAUGUGAAAUUUGUUUGAAAAAUAAUCCAGUAGUCAAGAGGAAAGUAGAAAUGGGACAUAUCAGAGUAGGUAUGGAGCCGGGUGACUAUUGGCAAAUUGAUUUUGUGGAAUUACCCAAGACACAGGGAUACCGAUACUUGUUAGUAGGGGUUGACACUUUUUCUGGAUGGCCAGAAGCCUCUCCCUGUCGCACCAAUCACGCUAAGGAAACAGUGAAAUGGUUGUUGAAAGAGAUCAUCCCUAGAUUCGGAGUCCUGUUGGGUAUAUCAUCAGAUAGAGGACCGCAUUUUACAGCAACUAUAGUUCAGGAAGUCAGUAAACUGUUAGGAAUAUCCUGGAAUCUUCAUACCCCAUGGAGGCCACAGUCCAGUGGGCAGGUGGAAAAGAUGAAUCAAACAAUUAAACACAUCUUGGUGUCUCAGGUGGACAGGGAAAUAUAAUAUAGCAGGAAAUAUGAACCUGUUGUCAUUAAACAGAGUCAGUCUAGAUACUGUUAAAAAUGUUCCUUGGUGGAAUUGCACCAGGAUAAUAGAUUGCGAUACUGAUCCAGAAAAGAUUGCAAUGCCCCCAAUUAGAAUUGCUUUAAAAGCAGGAUGUGCAUGCUGAGGAUUUAAAGUUGGACAAAAAACGAUACAAGCCCCGGCUGAUGGAAUAAACUGCAGAUAUUUGAUGAUACAUAGCAUGGGACAUCUUGUUUGGGCACUCAGUGAUGGUACCUGGACCACCCACCUUCCAAUAACAGGGCCAGUGCGGGAAAUUACCUUGGGACUCCCCACUUUGUGUCCAAUUUGGAAGCGUUCCCCAUUCAGGGGCAAACUAGAAACUUUGCAGAUUCGAACCAAAAGAAGUAUUGACGAUGAUAUAGACAAUAUAGAUGACACUUGGCAAGAGCCUGAGACAGGAGUGAAAGUAGGAUGGGCACUUGAAUCCCUUUUUGCUCAAAUAGCUGCAUAUCGCAAUAGGGAAGCGAUUUAUAAUUUAAUUGGACAAACUGAGAGAUUGGCCAAGGUGACUAAAAAAGGCUUUAGGGAUCUAAAUUUGCAAUUACAGGCAACAACCAAAAUGACUCUGCAAAACAGAAUGGCAUUAGACACAUUGCUGUUAAAGGAACAUGGUGUUUGUGGAUAUCUCAAAGAUAGAAUCGAUCACUGCUGUGUACAUAUACCAAACGUAACUGCAGAUAUAGAAUAUGACAUUGCUCAAUUAGGGAAAAUUGAAAAGGAAGCUGAAAAGGAAAAAGAAGAAAUAAGUCAAAAUUGGGUAGGAGCAUUAUUUGAUGGAUUGGGAAUCCACCUUACUGGGUGGAUUCAUUCCCUCAUAGAGACAGUGUUUACUCUAUUGCUUGUGUUCCUUGCAAUCUAUUUGGUAUAUUUUUGUAUUCGAAGAGAAAUAACCCGGAAUACCAGUUGGACACAUAAAAUCAUUGGAGCAGUGACUCGAGAAUAUCCACGACACCCAAUAACUCCUCCUCUUACCUAUCAGGAAACUACUACAUGAGUGAAAAUACUUGCAAAAGAUGAAGUAUUUUCAAAGGGGGGAAAUGUUAGAUAUAUAUAGAGUAAUUAGACUUGUGAGUUGCUUUAGAGUAAUUAGACUUGUGAGUUGCUUUAGAGUAAUUAGACUUGUGAGUUGCUUGAUUUAUGUUCUGUUAAGCCUGUUGCUAACAGUCCAGAGAAGUUUGGUAACUAGGAUGUGGAGAUAAAUAUAUGAGACUAUCCAAGCGAAGCAGUACUCCCCAGGUUACUUCAAAGCAGAACCUUUAAGAUAAGAAACGAAGAUGCAUACCAGUACCAGUCAGAAAGAGAUAAGAAGAAUGCUGGUGAAAGCAUCAUCGUUGGAACCUAUCCAGGACUCAAAAGGUGAAAAGUACACAGCGAGGAAGACGUCUUACUUCAUCUGAGGAAGACUACUUACUUCAUCUUGAGACCCCUGCCCACGACCACCAGGAGGCACUGCGCAAGCGCAGAACAUAUGGAAAUGACUUUUGUACUCAUUAUAAUACGAAGCGGGGAUAGGUCAUGAAUAUGUAUCAGCAUAGUGGGAAAGGUGAUGCAUAUGUAAUACUUUACAGGAUAAAUUGUGAGCACGUUGUAACGGUCUUCGGAACCAGAUUUGGGUGGGUACCCCUGGUUCCCGGGGCCUCGGAAUAAAGCACCACAUAUAACCUCC